UGGGAAGUUUACUUAACAGCGUCAGCACUCUGUAAUUAAUAUUCAUGACUCAGCCCUUAGUCAUAGUAGGUUGUACAAACUCCGUCCCGUCCGGUGAGAUGUUUGAAGGAGUGCGUCUUUAGCUCUAUGAUGGGAUAUGAGAUGGCUCUCCCAUGUGGAGAAAAAUGGACAAUGCACUCCUUCUUGUACAGCCUGACGAAGUGUCACUUUCGGUAAUAGCCUUAUUUAAGUUUAGCAUUUAAGAUAUAUUACAGUUGUAUGACUUGCACAACAGCGUUGCUUUCGCCUUCAGGUAUAAGAAAGGUAGUAAACCGUUGAGUUUUAAUAUAAUAAAGUCUAAUCUCCAUGGACACUUCUCGCGAAAUUGUAGUUGUAACAGGUUUUGGUCCUUUCCGACAAUAUGUUGUAAAUCCAAGUUGGGAGGCAGCUAAGCAGGGUUUGAAGAUGGCAGGACUUGGAUUGGGCAUGGAAAUCCAUAUUAAGGAGAUUCCUGUCAGUUAUGCAAAAUCCCAAGAAGUCCUUGAUGAUAUCUGGCAGACAAUGACUCCAAAGGUUGUUAUCCAUUUUGGCAUAGCUCCAGGAGCCAAAGGCAUCACACUGGAGCAAACAGGGAAGAACCUCUGCUACAAAGACAGGGAUGUGAGUGGUCUGUGCCCUGAUCAUCACUGCUGCAUUGAGGGAGGACCUGAACGACUGGACUCCAUCAUAGACAUGAGAUCCCUCAGCAAGCAUUUAAAAAGUAUGGGGCUUGAUGUCAUCUACUCCAGGGAUGCUGGGAGGUACCUGUGUGAUUUUGUAUACUACUAUUCGCUGUACCGUGGGCGGGGAAAGGCCGCUCUGAUCCAUGUGCCAGCCUCAGGCAGCCUGGCAAGCCCAGAGAGACUGGUACCACAACUUCAGACCAUCAUCCAGGCUGUGUUACGCCAGCUGGACCACCCUGUACACGCAACCUCAGGAUACAAAUGAGGUCAAAAGUUUACAUCCCCCUUUCAGAUUCAUUAAAAAUGUCCAUUUU